CAGCGACGAGCCAAUCAGAUGCAGAAUAGCAGAAUCCCGUGCCUUUGGGUUUUCUAAGCUGUUUUAGGUCACACGCAAAUUAUUGCUCGUUUUUUAUCACCUAGAAUCCCGGGACUGUAUGAAAUAAUCAAGGUUAACAACAUGUUGGUGACCAUAAGACGUAUUUUCGCGGUGACUAUAAGUAAGCAGCAUGAAAACAUUGGACAAUUGGCAAGAGCUUUUUCUAUUCUGACACCAGCUAAUGUGACAGCUAGAAAGAUCAAUGAAAACCUGGAAUUUAGAACCAGAGACGUUCAACAUGAUGAAGAGAGCAGCAAUGCAAAGGAUGGAGAGGAGUUUACGUCUAAACCUCUUGUCCUGCUGUUUAGUUGGAUGCAAGCAAAACAAAGGCAUCUGGAAAAGUUUGGGGAUUACUAUUUAACAAAAGGUUGGGAUGUUCUGACAGUUAAGAUCAAGCCAUCACAGCUUCUGCUUCCAAGCAAAGGCUCCCACAUUGUGGCCGAGAACGUUGUCAAUUUUGUGCAGCACGAGGACAGACAGAACCAGCCAUUAAUGAUUCAUGCUUUUUCAGUUGGCGCUUACCUGUAUAGCGAGAUGCUACUGAAAAUGCAGCAACUGGCAGAGAGUGAGACGCAGCUGCACCAGUUUUAUCAGCGUGUUAUGGGACAGAUUUACGACAGUGGAGUGGAUAUGGAGGAUAUUCCUGAGGGAUUGUCCAAAGCUGUGGCAAAACACCCAAUGAUGCAGUUGAGUUUCCAGAAGCUAAUCGAAGGUUACAUGAAGGUUGCAUGGAAAAUGUCUGUCAAAUACUAUGCCAAGGCAUCAACAAAUUUUCACAACAUCCCAGUCAGUGCCCCGGCUCUGCUCAUCUAUUCUGAUAACGACCCUGUCAGUACACCCAAAUUAAAUGAAAAAAUUGCUAGGAAGUGGCGAGCUAACCAUGACAACUCUAUUACAUUGAAAUGUUUUGAAGGUUCUCAUCAUGUGAGCCACAUGUACAAAUACCCAGAUGAUUAUUUGGAUACCUUGAAUAAAUUUGUAAAUAAUGCAUGGUCUGCACAUAAUAAAAAAACAAUCUCUUGA